AGGCCCACGCCCUUUCGGUCGUUGCAAGAGAUGGACUUCUGUAUGCCAAAGCUCAUCACCGAUGCGGCGGAGACCACAAUCAAUGCCUUGAUCUAUGCCACGGAGCACACCCCGGACGUCUUCCAUGAGGUUCUGACGGUGUUAGACAAGCUUGCAGACUAUGCCAAAGAGCUUUUGUCCAAGAACUUGCUCCUCUUCCAGCGUGGCAAUGUAAGCUUGCUCGAGAUGAAGAAGGUGUCUGCGAAAAAGGGCAUGCGAGGAUUGGAGGAGUCCUUUAUGUGCAGCAACAAAAGCGCUUUAGGCAGGAACUAUGCCCUGAUGCUGCGGCUACAGGGAAAGUGGGGCCUCCAGACCGGCGGCAUCGGUGCGAAAAUGGCCAUCAAGAAGUCGAAAGCCGUUGGUGCGGGCAUCUACUUCGGCUGCCAGAAGUUGAAGUUCAAGGUUACGCCGUUCUGGAGCAUGCGCUGGUUGUCCAAGGGUAUUGCCUUUCCCUUCAAGGAAAAGGACACCGACGAAGACAAGUUCGGAGCUGACAUUCAGUUUAAGUGGUACCAUUCGGAGUUCCCAUGCUUCCCGCCCGUGCGGUUCAAGACGGAGGCAGCAUUCCGAGUGGCGGGAGGGGCCAAAUCUGAAUCGGGCUACAAAGUCACUCUGCGCACCUCGUGGUCCUUCUUUUCGCCUGACAUCACGUCCUUUGAGCAGAAAGACUGGGUGCCGAAGAAACCAGACUGGCCCAGUGGCGUGGGCAUCACCGCUGCCAUGAAAGUAUCCGUCGGAGAACUUCUCCAGGCGAACGUCAGCAUCAAUCAAAGCCUUGAGGCAGAAUGGCCACAGGAAUUUCACCGGGAACCCGAUUUUGGACUCGUUGCCGCUGGCCGUGCAGCGCGCUGGUCGUGCGGCGUCGUCGGGUGUCGAUGCCGCAUCGAUGCCAGGAGGCCAAAGAAAUGGCAGACAUCGUCCCCGCUGGAAGUUUUGACGCACGUGUCAAGCACGUCUUUUGCUUAGCCAAUUGCCACUGCCAGGAUGAGUGAGGCACAACGCAGCCGCCGUAACGUUCAUCGUGGCGGUGUACAAAGUUAUCAAUUGCUUGAAGAAUUAAGUUUUAUGCUCGCAGACAGCUCUGGACGCAAUGAGAUGCUUUUUAGGGGGUCCAGG